AUGGGCCGCUACGAUCUCGCCCCCCAACGAGUCCACACCUACGCCACCGCCCUCUUAGCCACAAAACGCCUCACCACCCCACCCCCUUGGUACGACACCAUCACCUCCAUCCCCCCGGCCGAACGCCUGACCCGCCCACCUCUACAACGAAACCAACGAUCCGGUGGGAAAAAAGCGUCGCGAUUAUUCAAGCCUUUACGGUUACAAUAUGAGGAGGAUAGAUUAAGAUGGGAGUACUUCAAUGAUCACCCUUGGGAAUUAGCGAGACCGAGAGUGGUGUUGGAAAAUGAUGGCAAGGAUGCGGAGAAAUGGGAUUGGAGUGUCCCUCUCGAUCAUGCCCUGCGGAGACCGAGAUCAGGUGGGGAGAGCGAGGAAGGGGUGAAGACGGAUGAGGAGUGGGAUAGAAUACGACGAAGUCAGAGUCGGCGACCUAUAAACGGUGAAGCCGUCAUCCAACGCCAAUCCGCCCUCCAACGAACAGGCGUCCCACGCAGUACAGCCUACGACAUAGCGCGCCACGAACUCUACCGCCUGCGCCACAGCCAGGAAACCGAAGUCCGCGUCGCCCGGGAAGAGGCUCUCGCCACAGGCGCCUUCUUCGGCCCCGGCCCGAACGAGAUCGGGAUGAAAUUGGAGGAUAAGCAGUAUGAGAAUUGGCGGCGGUGGGCGGAGAAGGAGAUUGCGGGGAUUAAGCAGUUGCAGGGAUCGGCGUAUACGGGACAGGAGGCCGAGGCUGGGGCGGCGGGUGGGGAUGGGAGUCCCGAGGGGCGGGCGGAGGUGGAGGUUGUGAGUCAGAGUGUGCCGGGUAAGAGGGGGGGACAGGAGGCUAAGGGUGGGGCGGGGGUGCAUGUAUAG